AUGUUUGGCAAUGAAGCGCAGCGAGACGUCCUAAAAAUCCCCGUUUCGGACGAUACGAUAAAAAGAAGAAUUAUAGAUAUGUCAGGUUUUAUAGAGAACGCAGUGACGGCGAAAUUAAGUAGAAAAAAUUUUGCGCUGCAAAUUGACGAAUCCACUGACAUAAGUGGCAAAGCCCAAUUAAUCGGAUUUAUUCGCUUUGUUGACGACACUGAAAUAAUAAAUCAGUUUUUAUUCUGCAAGGAACUUAUUGAUCACGCAACUGGAGAAGACAUAUUUAAUUCAGUAUCAUCUUAUUUGGAAGAAUGGAAAUUAUCCUGGGAAAAUUGCGCAGGAAUCUGUACUGAUGGAGCUCUAGCCAUGCGUGGGGCAGUAUUAAGGGAUUUUGUAGUCGAGUUAAAGCAAUAA